UUCAUACACGAUUGAAAAAACGAAGACACAAGAACCGUGGCCAGUAAAAGAUCGAACUCGAUCAUGGCUUCCCCAUCAUCAUGGAGAUGGCCAAAGCAGAACUCAUCAGCAUCGUUAAUCGGAUCCUCAUCUUUCAAUGCAUCCUCAAUUUCCGUUUAUCCUUUCAUCUUCUCCCACAGACAGCGGUCUUCUUUCGCCUUUCGUCGCAAUCAUCAUCAUCCUCCUCCGCCGUCGUGUUGUAGUGCCGGACCUAAUAAUGCAAAAAGAAGACCGAGGAAAUCCGAUAAACAACUUCAGAUCGGAGAAAUUUCAGUCCACGACGAUGCUUCUGUUAGUAAAAGGGAGCAAUCACUCAAGACGAUAUCGAAUCUGAACUUCAAAUCGUUAUUUGGAAAGCGUGCGUUAUGGCGUAGGAUAUUUUUUGCAUCGAAGAAAGUCCGGAGCAUCAUUUUGCUUAACGUCAUUACUUUAGUUUACGCAAGUGACAUACCAGUGCUGAAAGAGGUUGAAGCAAUCAUGGACCCUGCAGCAUUCACUGUUGUGAGAUUUACAGUUUCUGCCAUUCCAUUUCUCCCAUUUGUUUGGAGAUCUUGGGGAGAUGUACAAAUUCGUAAUUCAGGAAUCGAAUUAGGGUUUUGGGUGAGUUUAGGUUACCUCAUGCAAGCUCUUGGACUUCUCACUUCUGAUGCUGGACGAGCAUCCUUCAUUUCUAUGUUCACUGUAAUUGUGGUUCCAUUGAUUGAUGGUAUGCUAGGAGCAGUGAUUCCUGCUCGCACCUGGUUUGGAGCUCUCAUGUCAAUUAUUGGAGUUGGAAUGUUGGAAUGUAGUGGAUCAUCUCCAUGUAUUGGUGAUUUAUUUAACUUUCUAAGUGCAUUAUUCUUUGGUAUACACAUGCUAAGAACCGAGCAUAUAUCAAGAAAAACAGACAAAGAAAACUUCUUGCCUGUUCUUGGAUACGAGGUGUGUGUGGUUGCAUUCUCAUCUAUUAUCUGGUUUUUAAUUGGAGGGGAAUAUGAUGGUAGUAGCUUAGAUUAUCAUCUUCCAUCAUCAUGGACAUUAACAAUGUUCUUGAAAUGGUUUAUGGAAUUCCCUUGGAUUCCUGCUUUAUACACUGGUGUGUUUUCAACUGGCCUAUGCUUGUGGGUAGAGAUGGCAGCAAUGCGUGACAUAUCAGCCACUGAAACUGCUGUUAUUUACGGAUUGGAACCGGUGUGGGGUGCUGGUUUUGCUUGGUUUCUCCUUGGUGAAAGAUGGGGUGUCUAUGGCUGGUUUGGUGCUGCUCUUGUUCUUUGUGGAAGUUUAGUGGUGCAGAUAGUUGGGGCAUCAUCUGGAAAAGGUGAGGGUUUGAGUAAGAAAGAGGAUAUAACGAGUCUUUCAAAAGGGCAAAAUGGUCUUUCUGCAUCUCCAGUUCCAGUCAGGUCUAGAAAAGACGUGUCUGAUUUAUUAAAGUAAAUUCUAUUUACAUAGUAUAGGG